AUGGCACCUAAGGUAAAAUCCAUCAUCCAAAUGACUUGGGACAGUGUAUUUUCUGGUGAUCUGAGAGAGACACUGGGCCCUGUACCUAUGUUCACAUAUAGUAGAGGGGUGAACUUAAAAGAACUGUUGGAGAGAAGUCCAGUGACUUUUAACCAGAAUAUUUCUCCAGUGGGUAAAUGUGGAAUGUGCAGUACUUGCAAGUUUAUUAACGAUGGCCCAUAUAUGUAUAUCAAUAACCAUUCAAGAUCACUUAAGUGUCCUGGACACUGUAAUUGCAACACGGAAAUGCGAGCCAUAUUGCUGAGCUCGGUGGGCAGCAAGACGUACAGUCUGAUGAGGAACUUAUUGAGUCCUGACAAACCGGGGGACAAAUCGUUCACAGAGUUGACGAGCUUGCUUCAGUCACAUUAUAACCCGAAGCCGAGUGCAAUAGUCCAAAGGUUCAAGUUAAAUUCCAGGACUAGGAGGGCCAAUGAAACGGUAAUGGAGUAUGUCGCAGUGUUGAGGGAACUGGCGCAACAUUGUGAUUAUGGGGACAGACUGACAGAAAUGCUACGAGAUAGGCUCGUAUGUGGCAUUGCAGAUGACCGCAUACAACGCAGAUUGUUAGCAGAGCCUGAGUUGUCGUUUGAAAAAGCCUUGAAGUUGGCACAGGCUAUAGAGACAGCGAAUAAAGACAUUCGAGAUUUACAGCCAAGAACCAUUGAAGGGGUGGGGAGCAGGAGUGCUACCCCUCUGCCAGUGCAUAAGGUGGUCAGGAAGCAUAAACCACAAGGGAAGUCUGGUCAGUAUGCUUGUUACAGGUGUGGAGGUGAACAUCUGUCACGGAACUGUCGUUUUUUAAACGAAAAAUGCCAUGCUUGCGGAAAAAAGGGCCAUGUGAAAAAAAUGUGCCGCUCAACGCUCUCUCGGGACCAGCCGAGAAAAGGGAGAGGAAAAGAGCAGUACAAUGGACAGAAAGGGAAACCGAAAAAUAAAACGGCACUCCAUAAAGUAGAACAGCAGGGCCUGACCUUGCAAGAGGUGCUGGAGAAUAACGAAGAAGUUUUCAAAGAGGAACUGGGGACCUGGAGGGGUCCACCAGCAAAAAUACACGUUAAAGAAAACAUAACGCCAAGAUUUUACAAACCCCGACCCGUACCAUACGCAAUGAAGAAGAAAGUUGAGUUUGAGUUAGAGCGACUCACUAAGCAAGGUAUAAUUGAACCAGUAAAGUUUGCGGAAUGGGCCGCACCAAUUGUUCCCGUAUUAAAGCCAGAUGGUACGGUGCGCAUAUGUGGUGACUACAAGUUAACAGUGAACCAAGUCUCGAAGCUGGAGCAGUAUCCCUUGCCCAAGGUGGAGGAUGUGUUUGAAAAGCUGUCGGGAGGUGAAAGGUUUAGUAAACUGGACCUCAGUCAGGCAUAUCAACAGGUAGUGCUGGAAGAAGGGUCAAAGUCAUAUGUCACCCUUAACACACACAAAGGUUUGUUCCAAGUCAAUCGUUUACCCUUUGGGGUUUCCUCGAGUCCAGCUAUUUUCCAGAGAAUAAUGGAGGGACUGGUGGCAGGAAUUCCGAAGGUGGCUGUGUAUUUAGACGACAUCCUGUUGACGGGUAGGAACAUUCGAGAGCAUCUGGAGAUGCUGAAUGAGGUGUUGAGAUGACUGCGAGAGGCAGGUCUGAGAGUGAAGCGGAGUAAAUGUGCUUUCAUGGCAAAGGAAGCAGAGUUCCUAGGUUACAAGGUGGAUGCAUCGGGCCUACACCCCUUGCGAAACAAGGUGGAAGCCAUUCAACAGGCGCCAGCACCCACAAAUGUUACAGAGCUGAAAGCCUAUUUAGGCUUACUCAACUAUUAUAACAGGUUCCUGCCAAAUCUGUCAACGCUGUUAGCUCCUUUACAUAAGCUAUUAAGGAAGGAGGCUCAGUGGUCGUGGCAAGAGGAACAGGACAGAGCGUUUGAACAGUCAAAGGAACUAAUGCAGUCUUCAGAGGUUUUGGUGCACUACGAUAGUCAGAAGGACUUAAUUUUAUCAUGUGAUGCCUCACCUUAUGGGUUAGGGGCUGUGUUGGCACACCGGAUGCCAGAUGGACAAGAAAGACCCAUUGGGUUCAUGUCACGAACUUUGACACCAGCGGAGUCAAACUAUUCCCAGUUAGAUAAAGAGGGUUUGGCUGUCAUGUUUGGCAUUAAGCGGUUUCACAAAUACCUCUAUGGGAGGAAGUUUACUAUUUGCACCGAUCAUAAGCCUUUGCUGUCACUGUUCAACGAGAUGAAAGCAGUGGCGCAGAUGGUUUCUCCCCGCAUUCAGAGAUGGGCUGUAACAUUGAGAGCUUAUGAAUACGAGAUUGUUUAUAAGCCUGGAAAACACCAUAGUAAUGCGGACGCGCUAAGUCGUCUGCCGAUACCAGGGCAUUUCCAAGAACAGGAAGCGGAGGACCGAGUUUUGAUGAUGGAGGACAUCACGUUGGUGUCUGCCAGGGAACUGAGUGAAUGGACACGCAAAGACCCGGUGCUAGCUAGAGUGUUUCAGUGGGUCCAGCAAGGCUGGCCAGUUCAACAAAUGGAUCCAGUUUUUCGGCCUUAUGAGGUGAGGAAAACAGAGCUGAGUGUGCAAGCUGGAUGCGUACUGUGGGGGGCACGAGUGAUAAUUCCGUCCCCAGGAAGAGGGGCACUUUUACAGCAGUUGCACCAAGGUCAUGUGGGUAUCACACGAAUGAAAGCCUUAGCCCGAAGUUAUUUCUGGUGGCCCAAGUUGGACCACGAUAUUGAAGUCACUGUGAAUGAGUGUAAAACAUGUCAACAACAUCGCAACUUGCCUGUGGCGGCGCCACUACAUCCAUGGGAGUGGCCGAGUAGACCUUGGCAGAGACUUCAUAUAGAUUAUGCCGGACCUUUUAUGGGGGCCAUGUUUUUGAUAAUCAUGGAUGCUCAUUCUAAAUGGAUGGAUGCCUAUCAAGUCAAAACACCCACUUCCCUCGUUACCAUUGAAUGCUUGAGGAAGAGUUUCAGUAGCCAAGGACUGCCAGAGACUAUUAUAUCAGAUAAUGCUUCAUGUUUCACGAGUGAAGAGUUCAAGGGUUUUCUGAGAAAAAAUGGCAUCGUACACAUCACAUCAGCACCAUACCAUGCAGCUUCAAAUGGUUGUGCUGAGAGGGCUGUCCAAACUUUUAAAGCAAUGAUGAAAAAGUCCGGAGAAGGAAGUAUAGCAGCAAAAGUGUCAAGGGUGUUAUUCAACUACCGUAUCACACCCCAGUCUACCACGGGUUUGUCACCUGCCGAGAUGUUGCAAGGACGGAGAUUAAGAUCCACGUUGGAUCUAGUGCAUCCAAACGUCCGAGCUAAGGUAGAGAGGACCCAGUGGAGGCAAAAAGAAUGUCAUGAUCGACGACGGAGAGAGAGAAGUUUUCUGGAGGGAGAUGCAGUGAUGACGCGAAAUUUCAGUUAUGGACCUAAAUGGAUUCCAGGGGUCAUUGUCAAGAGUACAGGUCCAUUA